AUGAGUCUCCCCGACGAAUAUGGCAUUAUUGUUUGCGGCGGCGGCAGCUGCGGCUGCGUCGUGGCGGGCCGGCUGGCGAACCUCGACCACAACCUCAAGGUGCUCCUCGUCGAGGCCGGUGAGAGCAACCUCAACAACCCCUGGACGGCGUCCUUUUACGAGUCGCGGCCCUCCAAGUGGCUCGCCGGGCGCAAGGCGGUCGUGCCCUGUGCCCACAUCCUGGGCGGCGGCUCGUCCAUCAACUUAAUGAUGUACACGCGCCCUUGUAGCAAUGUAUGA